AUGUGCCUGCUCCAGCGGGCGGCGCUCUACUUUCUGGGUGGCGCCGACGACCGCGAGGCGCUGGCGUACGCGGCGCGGAUGCCGGAGACCGGGACCAUGUCGCUGACGGUGGUGCGGUUCAAGCUCCGGAACUGGGUUGGGAUGGGCGGGCGCGACGAGGCGAGGGACGAGGAGCUGCUGCAGGAGUUCUGGAGCAGGCACAGGGACAACGAGCGGGGUGGUGUACGUGGAGAAGACGGUGGAGGACGCGGAGGGCACGACGUCCGUGGACCACAUCUUAGCAGGGAGAAGGAUAAUGAGGAGGAAGAAAGUGAUAGAGAUGGUUUCUUCCGCAGAUUACUCAGGGAUAGCAAAGAGGAGGACAUGGAACUGACACCAAGCUCAAAUGGUUUGUUGAAGCGACUUUUUCGUGAUAAGGAGGACAGGCAAGGUGAGGAUGAUGAGAAGGAAGGAUUUUUUCGCAGGAUGUUCAAGGAUAAGAACGAGGAGAGGAGAGAUAGUAAUCAUGCAAGACAUGGGAAUGAGGAAAGAUUGGGCAAGAGUGUGGAAGAUGAUGACAGAGAAGGUUUCUUCCGCAAAAUUUUCAAAGAUAAGAAUGAGGAGAGGAAAGAUGAAGGGCAUCAAAAGCCAGAUGAGAGGGAAAAGGUUGGUGCGAACAUAGAAGAUGAUAAGAGAGAUGGUUUUUUCAAGCAACUCUUUAAGGAGAAAAACGAUGAGAAAAAGGAAGGCAGCACACCAAGCAAGAAAGAGGAAGAUGAUAAAGGCCAUAAAAAUGCAGAUGAUGAUAAUUUCUUUCGCAGGCUUUUCAAGGAUAAGAAUGAAGAAAAGAAAGGGAUUGUUCAUGACAGGAAUGAAGAUGACAAGUGUGAGGAAGGUGAUAAAGAAAACUUCUUCCGCAAAUUAUUUAAGGAUAAACAUGAGGAGAGGAGAACUGAGGGGCCUGAUAAAAAUGAUGAUUAUGGUAAGGGAAGUAGUGGUAUCGAAGAGGAAGAUAAUCCAGAGUUUUUGUCAUUCCGUAGGUUGUUUAGAGUGCACCCAGAAGAUCCUAAGAGUGGGCACAUAGAAAGCAGUCAAUCUAACAAUCUUUCUGAGGGGAGCCCAGGAUCAGAAAGCUUUUUUAAGAGGCUAUUCCGUGAUAGAGACCGCUCACUUGAAGAUUCUGAGAUUUUUGGGUCAAAAAUGGCAAAAGAGAAACACCCUGGUACUACAGGAAUCAAUGAGAAGCAAAGUGGGAAACCACCAUUACCAAUUAAUGCAGUAGCAGAGCUUCGAAAAGGUUCUUACUAUGCUUCGUUGGAACUUGUUCAGGCUUUAUGUGAUACAUCUUAUGGCCUGGUAGACAUAUUUCCUAUUGAGGAUCGUAAGAUUGCCCUCCGGGAGUCUCUUACAGAGAUCAAUAGCCAGAUUGCUUCUACUGAAAAAAAUGGAGGAGUAUGCUUUCCGAUGGGAAAGGGCAUAUAUCGAGUGGUUCAUAUACCUGAAGACGAGUCUGUUCUUCUGAAUUCUAGGGAGAAAGCUCCUUACCUUAUAUGUGUUGAAGUUUUAAAAGCAGAAGCUCCUAGCCACUCUAAAGGAUCAUCAGAUGGGCACAAAUUAUCAAAAGGUGGGAUACCAUUGGCUAAUGGACGCUCGCCUCCCUACGGUGAGCUCCACCACAGCGAGAAUGCAGCGGAGGACGCGCUGUCGGGGUCAGAGCUGGGAGCCCCGGCGACGACGGCUGCUGCUGCCUCUGCUGCUUAG